GAAAUAUUCAAGCACUGAAUUUGGACACAUAUUAAACUGAAAACCUAAACUCGUCCUAUAUCAUGUGUCUAAAGACAAUGUACAUAAUUCUUAAACAUGGAACAAUCAAACAAUAAAUAUAAACACACAUUAAACUGAAAAUCGUUUGGUCAUUUUUAAUGUCCUGACUUUAGUAAAAUAAAAAAUGAUUAGAAUGCUUUCGUUUCAGUUAUUAGAAAGAUGAUUAAAACCUGAAUGUACCAUUUAUGUUAUUUAAUCUAAAAAUAUUUAUUUUGUUCUUUUAAAAAUAUUUGGACAUAAUUUCUCCUAAAAAUAUGAUCCCAAUAGAUUAUCAACUUAUAGGCAAUUAAUAAAAUACUAAUUACACAUUCUACUAUCUAAAAAACAAACAAAUUGUGAAACCAAUUGCAAUCUUCAACUUAUAUUGCACCCAAGUUAUAUAACGAAUACUUACUCUUCAACCACCACUCAAACAAUAUGCCACUUUGGAGACCACAUAAAAUCACAAACUAAACAGUCCCCACACAAAAAAAAUUCCAAAAAACAACCAAACUUAUGAAUUAAACAAAAUCAAGUUACUUCAACAACAUGGAUCAUUACAUAGAUUCAUCAGUGAAUUACUGAUUAACUAUUUCACUCAAUUUUCAGGCCACUUUGAAACCUGUACAAAACAAUCAAAAUCCAAGGAAUUAUGAAAAAAUCAAACAACCCAUUACCCACAUAAAACCAAUAAACCAAAUCCUGCCAGUCAUUGGGCAAGCAAAGAAAGGGGGAUUAUUAGAUCAAAGCAGAGUAUAUAAGCAACCUCUGGAAUUCCUGAUUUUUCCCUACUAAACUCAAAAGAUGUAUUAAUAGGCAAGGAAGUAACAGUUUAAUGUAGAGUUGUAUACUUGUACUAUGGAUAUAAUGUAGAGUUUUUCUUAAUGUAACUAAUAGCAAAAAUGGAAUAUAUUGCAUUUAGCUGCAGAAAAACAGUAGCCUUAAGUUGUUUCUUGAACUUUGUUUUUUAACUAUGAAAAUUGUAAACUUUUAUUAAGAAAUUCAAAACACCAGAAAAAUUGCAAUAAUCAACCUAGUAAUCGGUCGGUGCACAGGAUGAGUCAGAUUCUUAUUAGGGACUACGUUUUUCCCGAAUAUUGAUAACAAAGAACAGGUAAAAAUUGGUCACUGAAAUGAAAGAUAAUAAGAAAGACCACUGGUGACCCAAAGAAUAUUCAAGAAAUUUACUUUGGCAAGCCACUUCUAUUGUUGAUGGCACAUGGGUAAGGUGCAGCUCCGACGAUGUUCGGAUUUAUCGUGCUCAAUGCCUUCCAAUUUUGCCCAAUACCCGCUGUGAACUUCACAUUCCCUGCUCGUAAGCAUCCAUUUUUAACAAAAGAAAAGGCCAGUUCGGAAAUCAGGCUUUUAGAACCAGAUUUAAUUUCAGAUACAAACAAUCAAAUGGGCUAUCUACAGGAACUAAUCCAAGAGAAGAUGCGUCUAGAAACUGGUUCAGAAAUUCAAAUUACUUUGAAGGAACCCAGAUCUGGUUCUCAUCUGAUCCAGCCAUUUUGACUGUCUAAAAGGAACAGUUACAGAAAACCAAAAGAUUCAACUACCUAUCAACCAAAGAAUUGAAAGGCUAUAGAUGAAGAACACCAACACUGAUCAAUCAAUCAACGCAUUCUCAUUGGUGAAAGAUCACAAUAAAAGGAGUAAAUGAACAACUAAGAACCAAGACCAUCGAAGAAAAACGAAACUCUGGGCAUUUGAACCACCAACCCAUCCCUCGGACUGCCUCCGAUAACAGGGACUGAGUGAAUAAUGGCCUUUUGACACAAAAUCAUCAAAAGGCACCCACUACCCAUUUCAAAAGAGCGAUCUCAAAGAAUUAGUGCGCCUCAUAUUUGUACAUUAGUAACCCAACACUCCAGAAUUUGCAGCCUUUUUUUAUAACAAUUCACAUAAGCAACCUCACUCAAAAUCGCUUUGGUCUCUAAAUUUCUCAAUUUUUAAAGCUAUUGUUGAAACGGACUCAGAAGACGCCUGCUGUCUUCUGUUGAAUCAAGCAGAGGACCACUUGCCUAACAAAGUCCUCUUCCACAAAUGCAAAGAAUUGAUGAAGAACAGGCAAAUUGAAAUUCAACAUACACUUCGUGAAGGAAAUCAAUGUGCUGAAAAAUUGACGAAUCUAAGAGUUCAACAACUUGAAGAUUUUGUGGAACUCACAACACUGCCUGCCCAUGGAAGAUCUAACCUCAUGCACUAAUUCCUAACCAAAACGUGAAUUUUGAAGCAUAAAGGCAAUCACAAAUUCGCAACCCAGACAUAAAAAAUAGAGAUUAUUUGUGCAUAUACAUACGGAUAUACGAAAAUCUCAAACAAAAAGGGGAUAGAAAUAGAGAAACGAACUCAUAGGCUCUCAGGAACAACAGAUCUGCUGCCCACAAUAAUCCUCCUCCUCUAUAUUUGCUUCUUCUCCCUGGCGACAAUGGACAUAUCAGCGAAAUAUCACCGGUAUGGAAAGGUGGUAUUUUGAAUGCCAUCGGUGAGAGAGGGAGAAAGAUAGGAUAUGAUGUAGUUUUGGGGAGGAGAAGCGUGAUUCUUGGGAGUGGGAGAGAGAGAGAGGCGUGAGAUAGAGAGAGACCCGUGAGAGAGAGAGGCGUAAUUCAGGUCGUU